AAAAACAAUAGGAUACUGCAAGAUGACGUCACGAAGCUAUGCACUGACAGUUCACAGAGCUUGUUUACAUGGACUUAGUUUCUGGCCAAGAUCCGGCAAAAUUGCUUUUCGAUAGAACUUCGGAAUAAUGAGAGUUGGACGAUUGGUUUUGUACUAGUAGAGCUGAAUGUACUCGAUAUUUACGUAUCACAAUGAUAUCGGAACGGAAAACGAGAUUUAAAUUUUUCGCCGGUCGUUCAAAAUUCUAACACCUUGUAAACAAGCUCGCUGAACUGUCAAACAAAGUGAGGUUAGACCGGUGCUUGCAGUACUCUAUUGCAAGUGAGUGGGAGGAAAAGGUUCCCGUGGUGGUUUCGGAUUCAGUGAUUGCGGUGAAAGCGAAGUGAAGAUCCUAGUUUGCUAGUAUAAUGGACCUGUUAGAACCGAGCAAGGUAGUGGAUUUCCGCUACGAGUUCGUCAACUUCGACGACAAACCGGCCCAUCUUAUUUAUCCGGUCGAAAUACCCUACCGGAGCAACCCGGACGAGUUGGCCCACCGAAUCGUAGCGGAUCGGAUGGAUUCGAUCAUGCAGUUUCUGCAAGCGGACAAGGAGCUGAAGGUGUCACUCCGGGAGUUUGUCGAGAGGGAAAAUCAGAAAUUUUAUGACGAACGCGACGAAGUGCUGCUGGAGCGGUUGAGAACCGGACAUGUAGAUGUGGAUGCGCUGGCUUUGGAGGUGGAGAAAAAUUAUAAGGAUGAGAUACUGGAGUACGCGGACAGGGUGGGGCCAUCCAAUGAUGAAAUCUUUGCCCAGAGCUACCACCAGCUGGUACACUCGUCAGUGCUGUCGGAAAUAUUGGCCAAAGAGCGGGAUUAUGCCAAAACUAUAACAAACUUGACAGCUCAGAUGACCCAGCAAAUUAAUACGAUGCACAGCCUGCACCAGGAAGAGAUCGAGUCCAAGAUGAAAUUGUUGGAUAUUUCGGUGACCUCGGAGAACAUCAACCAUAUCUUGGCGAAGCAGUACAAUAUGCAGAACAUGAUCCGAAAGCAGUGCGAGUCGGAACUGGAAUCAACCAGGGGGCACCAGAAAUACGAAUACCGUGAUUGGAUUACGACACACAUCGACGCCAGCUUCCUGGCCGAGUCGGACAGCCCGACGCAGAUUGGGAACCGCUGGUCGAUGAUUUCCACUCAGGGUCCCUCGAUGGAAGAGAGCUUCACCAUCCACUUGGGAUCCCAGCUAAAACACAUGCAUAACAUCCGAAUCCUCAGCACCAGAAUCUCCGAUUUGGCGAGUCCACUGUAUAGUGACACCAGCUUCGGGGGUCCGAAUGUGGCCCUGGGGCUCUACUCUAGCUCGUUGUGCGGUAUAGUGGUGUUGACCCCAUCGGGCUCCGUUUCACCGGAUUCGGAAAUUCGCCGAAACGCCAACAUGUCCACCGAGUUCCACUUCGAUCAGGUCGAUCGUCAGAUCGAAAAGAUUCGUGAUGACCUGCGCAAGCUGACCAGGGACAGUCCGGAGGAAGACCGAGACCUCAGUCCAGGGGAGUCUCGGUCGGAUCGGUUGAAACCGGGCGAUGUGUACAUCACGCGCCACUCCAAUCUGUCCCACUCGCACGUGGUGUUCCAUCUGAUUUCGGACGAAAUACAAUUUCAGAGUCCGAGCGAGAUCAAUUCGCGCCAUCCGGUGAUCCUGGGGCUGCGGAACAUUCUGAAGAUUUCCAGCCGGCACGAUGUGACGACGCUGAGCAUUCCGGCGCUGCUGCGGCACGAUAUGUCCGAGGACAUGACCGUCAGCUGGUGCAUCCGUAGGGCCGAACUGGUGUUCAAAUGUGCCAAGGGCUUCAUGAUCGAAUCGGCCAGCUGGGGUGGAGCGGAGUUGAACACACUGCAGCUACUGUUGCCGUAUGAUAUCUCCGAGGAGCUGUUCCGCACGCUGGCCGAUAUGGUACCGCACGUUUUUCGGGUGGCCAAUCCGAAGGUACUGCAGUAGUUGAUGUAAGUAGUUAAUGUUUCAACGAUUUGUCUGCUUUUCGUAUAGUUAUGGCAUUUACCUAAACAAAAGAAUCGAAUUAUUAGCUUGUGAUACGUGUAUGAAAAUUAUCCAGUACUGAUUAUUUAAUGGAACUCGUUUGGUGCAACAGACCAAGAAUGAUAACUAUCAA